AUGAUGCUGGUCGUUCAAGUGCGGCCUCAAGGUCUCGACCUGGCUGACGCGUUGGGCUUCGAUAACACUGAAACCACGCCAACCCCGUUACCAGGCACUAAGGCUCCAAGCAAGACCAAAGGGAAAGCAGCAGCGGACGAAUUCGACUUGGCCGACGCCCUGGACCCCAAAAACGACCUGGACAAGGACAAAGGGCGGCGGCCUGGAGGAGGGGGAUUUUCCGACAGCGACCUCAUUGAUGUCGGGAACGACGACACCUACAAACCCGACAAAGGCAAAGGCAAACGACCUGCCGGCGAUCCUAACCGCGAUCGCGAUCACAUCAACCAAGGCGGCGACAACAACCUCGAGACCACCGCAGAGAUCGGCACCAUCGCGGGCAUCGUGAGCGCGGUGGGCAUGGCGCUAGUGGGCGCCAUCAGCAGCUACAUCUCCUACCAGAAGAAGAAGUUAUGCUUCGGCAUCCAGCAGAGUCUAAACGCGGAGAUGGUGAAGGCGGACAACCCGGACGCCGUGUUAGCAACGGAACCGCAAGUCCAGCAGACACUUCUGGAGCAGUCCCGCGCAGAACCUCGCGUGGCCGACAACGCCGUGUAG